UUACUAAUUGGACAAACAACUCAAACAACAACUAACAACUGUCUGUGUAAUAAUGUCCUAACCUUACGAUGACAAAUAUAUAUAUAUACACACUUAGUUGUAUAUAUAUAAUAUCUGACAAAAAUGAAGUUAUAUAGUGUAGUUUAAUAAUAAAAUUUUGUAUGAUAAAAAAUGAGUUUAAAAUUAUAUAAAUGUCAUUCAUUAAUAAUCAAUUGUAGUGUCGUGUUUUUUUUUUUUAUAAAAACAAUAAUAAAUUAGUGAAAUAAAAAUAAGUCAUCACUAAUUACAGUAAAAUGCCAAAAAUAAAAAAAUUUGAUUCACCGGGUAGCAGCUUAUGGUGGUUACGUCAACGCGAAAUAGGAUUAAAUUCACCAGUAGGUUACGGCGAUCGUUUUUACAAAACACUGUAUUCCUCAAUUCAACCAGUUACGUCAUGGGACCAUGGAAAUAAUUUAAACAAUGCAAUACACGGUGGUGUUUUCAACCUUGAAUUUUCACCUGACGGUUCACUCCUGGUGGCAGCUUGUGAAAAGAAAAGUAUCCUGAUGUUCGACCCACUGGGCCGCCGUCUAAUAAAAGCUUUGGACAACGCUCACAACGACUGCGUGAACUGCGUUCGGUUCCUCGACCACCGAAUGUUCGCAACCUGUUCCGACGACAACUCCGUGGCUCUUUGGGACGCGCGAAACCUCAAGCACAAAAUCCGUUCCCUGGAGGGCCACACAAAAUGGGUGAAAAGCAUAGAAUACAGUCCGCAAGAUCAGCUUCUGCUUACCAGCGGUUUUGACGGUAGCAUCUACUCUUGGGAUAUAAACAGUGCCACAGAGAACAGUCUUCUAUAUACUCAAGUGUUCCAUACAAAUGGAUUGAUGCGAACCCGGUUGACACCUGACGCAAAGAAAAUUCUAGUCAGCACCACUUCAGGCUACUUAAUAAUAAUCCACAACUUACGCUUAAGCACGCUAGCCCAAGAUCUCGAUGGUUUCAAGCCAAACGUUUACCGGCUGAUGCAACUAUCUCAAACGACGUUACCGGCAGCUGCCAGUUUCACUCAUCUUUUCUCGCCAUCACGCGUCCAUAACCGCGUUGAGUUUAUAACAGAUUUUCCGCAAGGAAACGACGCUGAAUUCAUCUCAAGUCUUCAAGUUCACCCUCAAGGCUGGUGCGUGUUGUCACGAAAUGUCGGAAAUGAAGAGAAAUCCGAGUUCACUUGUGUUCAUGACAUUCAAGACUACCAAGUUGUCGCCGAUGAUGAAAAGCAGGACAAGGAAUCGUCCAGUGCUGGGUUGAGCGGUCUCUACAAUUUAAACACUAGCGGUUCCAGUGGUUCCACGGAACAAAGCUCUGAUGUUCGAGCAAACGAUGAUCAAUCAUCAAUAAGGUACUCAUUCGUGAUAGACAAUCCAAAUUCUAGGCUAUCAGAGCUGCGACCAGACAACCGGAUCCCCAGUAACUUUGAAGUUGUUGCAAUAAGAUCGAAUUUGAACAAUCUGAACGCAAACAAUGAUCCCAGAGUUCCAGGGAACUUACCGCAACCUCAACCACAAGAUCGCCGGAAUCACCAUCAUGUUUAUAAUAAUGGAAACUUCUCAGCUGCUAACAUGGAACUCCAUGUCAGUUCCACUGAUGUCUGGGAAGCACUGGUCGCAGUUCGGGAGAACAGAACAAGGCGAGAACGGGAACGGGAACAGAUCAUCAAUAAUCUUAACCAAUCUGGUAAUCCACGAGGUUUCGUGAUGAGACGCCAAAUAAGAGAUGAUCGUCCUCACACUGUUUUUAUUGUCGGUGAAAGAAGUUCUGCGAACAACUCUACGCUAUCAGGAACCCAGGCUGCGUAUGCAAUUCCUCGGAACCACAAGAUCCAUCAGAAUGUUCCUCGGCUGAUAAAUUACAUUCAAGAACCCAAUCUUGGGUUAGGAUAUAUCAAAGAGUUGUGUUUUUCAGCAGACGGACGGUUGAUUUGUUCGCCGUUUGGUUAUGGCGUUAGAUUGCUCGGGUUCUCUAAGGAAUGUCAGGAACUGUCGACCUGUGUUCCGGAACCUGAUAAACCGAGGAAAUUAUGUGAAUUAGCUACUACUCUUAGUCAUACAGACAUUGUUCUUAGUACAAAGUUCUCCCCGAAACAUUGUUUGUUAGUCUCUGGGUGUCUCAGUGGAAAGAUUGUUUGGCAUCAGCCGGUUAUUUAAGGCUAGGUUAUUAGAGUAGCCAUGGUUAAUAAAGUACUAGGCUUCUCUGUGAAAAAUUUAUGUAAAUGAUUAUACGAGUUUAGGCUUGCUUUUUGAUAUUUAAAUUUAUAGCCCUAUGUUUUAUUGGACAAUUAAUAUGUGAUAAGUCAUCUGGUGUAAUUACUUUGCUGAGAAAAACAAUUUGAAAUGACUAUUUUUUUUUUUUUUUUUUUUUUUUAGU